ACCAGCACUGAAGUCUCUCUGACAGAUCAGAGGAGUUUUUAAAGUUAUGUAGUUUUAGAGCAAUAUGUUUAUUUGACAGAGCUGCUGGGUUGUUUAUUGCAUUCUCUAUCCGUUCUCAAGAAAUGUAAGCCUUCAGAACUGAAAGACUAAAGACUCUGGAGUGAUGCCAUAACUACUUACAGCAGGAAUGGACAUCUCUUGUGUUUGGUCAUAAGAAUCCUUCAGUGCACGUGAAUCUACUGUCCUUCAUCAUGUCCAGUGAUACAAGAUGGUAAACAUUAGACCAAUGCUGCUGGAUAUUCUUCAGAAUUUGUUGGAAGAGGACCUGAAAUCAUUCCAGUGGUACCUAAGCAAUGGUGUGGAAGGUUUCACUCAUAUUCCAAGGUCUCAGCUAGGAAAGGCAGACAGACAUGAUACUGUGGAUAAGAUGGUGCAGAGCUACAGCUAUAAUGGAGCUGUGGAGAUCACACAGGCCAUCCUGCAGAAGAUAAACCAAAACCAACUGGUUGAGGAACUAAGAACCAAACACAAAGAAGACAUAACUGAUAAGAACCCAGAAACCUGCAUGAGUACAGCUCAGAAUGGAGAAUCAGCUUUGCAACGCACCCAGUUGAUGGCCAUCCUGAAAGAGACAUAUGAACGUAUACUGAUUGGAAAUUCACUGACAGGACACAAGAAGUUCUUGGAAGAUAUCUACACUGAUCUGAUUAUAGUGCAGGAUGAGAGUGGAGGAGUCAUUCGUGAGCAUGAAGUGAUGCAAAUUGAAAUGCCUUCCUGUACUGAUGAGGAAAUUUGUAUCAAAUGCAGUGAUCUUUUCAAAAUCCAGUCUGAUACCAAUCGAUGCAAUAGAAAAGUACUGACAUCAGGAAUUGCAGGAGUGGGUAAAACUGUGUCGGUCAAUAAAUUCAUACUUGACUGGACGACAGGAAAGGAGAACCAAGACUUACACUUCAUUUUCCCUCUCCCCUUUCGAGAACUCAAUCUGAAGAAGGAUAAGAAUUUCAGUUUGAUAGAACUACUAAAUCAAUGUUUUUUCACUUCAAAAACUGCAAUAAAGUCUCUUUCAGAGAAUGAUGGUAAAGUUUUGUUUAUUUUUGAUGGGCUUGAUGAAUGCCGCUUUCCUCUUUGCUUUGAGGGUGGAGAGGAAGUAAAAGAUGUCAAUGAGAAGACCUCAGUGGGCUCACUGAUCACAAAUCUUCUUCAGAGACAUCUGCUUCCUUUUGCUCUCAUUUGGGUAACUUGCCGACCAGCAGCAGCCCAUCUGAUUCCCCGGGACUAUAUUGACCUGGUGACAGAAGUGCGAGGAUUCAAUGAUGAACAAAAGGAGGGAUAUUUCAGCAAAUACUGUAAGGAAGAUGUGGCAUUUAAAAUAGUCUCACACAUCAAGAAAUCAAGGAGCCUCUACAUCAUGUGUCAAAUACCAGUCUUCUGCUGGAUCUCUGCCACUGUGCUUCAGCCACUGAUGGCUCAAGAGAGUAACAAGGACAUCCCCACAACCCUGACAGGAAUGUAUCUAAGAUUCCUACUACAGCAGAAAAAUGUAAUGAAAAAAAAAUAUCACGAAAGAAGAACUAAAACUGUUAAUGCUGAACACAUAAUUCUGAAGCUUGGAAAACUGGCCUUCCUUAAUCUUGAGCAGGGCACUCUGAUGUUCUAUGAGGAUGACCUGAGAAAAUGUGGCAUUGGUGUCAGUGAUGGCACAGUGUUCUCAGGCAUGUGCACACAAAUUUUCAGUCAGCAGGAAGGAGUUUCUGAAAGGAAUAUUUUCAGCUUUGUCCAUCUGAGUGUUCAGGAAAGCCUUGCUGCUCUGUAUGUUCAUCACUCACACUGCUACUACAGAAGGAAUUCGCUCAGAAAGAAGACACUUUGUAACAAGGUUACAUGGAGGAUGAAGAAUCUAACAGAUCUUCAUAAAUGUGCAGUGGACAGGGCUUUGCAGAGUGAAAAUGGACACCUGGACCUUUUCCUUCGCUUCCUCAUUGGCCUCUCACUGAAGUCCCAUCAGAGUGACUUAAAUGAACUUCUGCCAUGCCUAAAGUUGAAAAGCGAGAGUGUCACUGACACAGCUGACUACAUUAAGAAGAAACCGAGUGAGCAAGUAUCUUUUGACAGAAGCCUAAAUCUUAUCCACUGCCUGAGUGAACUGAAUGACAACUCCCUGAUGACUGAAAUCCAGAACUACCUGAACUCAGGUGAUCUCUCCACACAGAGACUCUCAUCUACACAGUGGUCAGCUCUAGUUUUUGUGCUGCUGAUGUCAGAGGAAAUUCAUGGGAAGUUUAAACUGAAGAAAUACAGACCAUCAGAUGAAGCACUAAUGAGACUCCUGCCUGUGGUGAAAAACACAAGAAAAGCCCUGUUAGACCACUGUAACCUCAGUACAGACAGCUGUGAUGCACUGGCUUCAGUUUUCAAUUCAGUUUCACCCCUGAAAGAGCUGCAUCUCAGUGGCAAUGACCUGCAGGAUUUGGGAGUGGAGCUGCUCUCUGCUGGACUGAAGAGUUCACACUGUAAACUGGAGAUACUCAGUCUAGCUAACUGUAAUCUCACAGUGAGUUCUUGCAAAACAUUUACAUCAGUUCUACAAUCAGUAAACUCCAUAAAAGAACUCGACCUCAGUAACAAUGACCUGCAGGAUUCAGGAGUGGAGCUGCUCACUGCUGGGCUGAACAGUUCACACUGUAAACUGGAGAUACUCAGACUAACUAUGUGUGAUCUUGGGGAAAAUAUUUGUGAAAAUCUGCAAUCAGCUCUACAGUCUGUAAACUCCUCCCUUAAAGAGCUGGACCUCAGUAACAAUGACCUGCAAGAUUCAGGAGUGAAGCUGCUCUCUGUUGGACUGAGUUCACACUGUAAACUGGAGAUAUUGAGAUUAUCUGGUUGUAUGGUCACAGAAGAAGGCUGUUCUUAUCUGACUUCAGCUCUGAAAUCCAACCCUUCCCACUUGAGAGAACUGGAUCUCACCUAUAAUCACCCAGGAGAGUCUGGAGUGAAGAUGCUCUCCGAUCUACUGAAGGAUCCACACUACACUCUAGAAAAACUACAGGAGGAGUAUGGUGGGAAGAUCAGAAUGAAAUCAGGACUGAAGAAAUAUGCCUGUGAGCUCACACUGGACCCAAACACAGCACACAAACUCCUCUCUCUGUCUGAGCAGAACAAAAAGGUGGAGUGUGUGGAAGAACAGCAGCCAUAUCCAGAUCAUCCAGACAGAUUUGAGUACUAUACACAGGUUCUGAGUGUGGAGAGUCUGAGUGGACACUGUUACUGGGAGGCUGAGUGGAGUGGCAAGGGGGCUGUUAUAGCUGUAACUUACAGAGGGAUCAGGAAGAAAGGAGAUGUUAAGGACUGUGGGCUUGGAUUCAGUAAUCAAUCCUGGUGUCUGAGCUGCUUUAAUGACAAUUACUCUGUUUGGCACAAUUAUAAGAUGAUUGCUGUACCUGUGCUCCCCUCCCACACCUGUAGAGUAGGAGUAUAUCUGGACUGGAGGGCUGGCACUCUGUCCUUCUACAGCAUCUCACCUAACACACAAGCACUGACUCACAUACACACACUCCACUCCACAUUCACUGAGCUGCUCUACGCAGGGUUUAGGGUUGGUCCUGAGUCAUCAGUGUGUGUCUGUAAGAUGGAAUAAUCUUUAUACAGCGUUUUUGUGUUAGUUGUGUUAUGACCAGUGGUGGAUAAAGUACACAAAUCAUGUACUUGAGUUAAAGUAGAGAUACCCAUGGUAAAAUAUUACUGCAGUAAAAGAAGAAGU